AUGAAUUUGAAUGCGGAAGUGGACGUGGAAGUUGAUGCAGACAUGGUCGAGGAGAAACUGGAGGAGGAGAGAGAGGAGGAGGAGGAGGCGGAGGAGGAGAAGGAGGAGGACGAGGAAGGCCAGCUGGGAUGUAAGAGCUGCCCCGAUUCCACCAUCACCCUUGGCUUUGGAUCAAUUGCUCCAAGCGAUUGCGGCUGUCCCGAGAAGGAGAUUGAUAUGAACCGUUUAGACGGCUUCGAGUGCGUCCCAUGCAUGGAAGGAAUGUCAUGCCCUGCCCUAUCCCAACUGGUUGAUUUGGAAAGUGGCACCAGUGUCUUGGGCCCGGACUUCACCCCAAAGAUCCAGGCAGGCUUCUACGCAAUCGUGGGUGCUCCAACGGAGGUCUUCAAAUGCCGCAGCUUCGAGACUUGUCCUGGUGGCCCUCCCGGUACAUGUGGUGGUGGGCUAAUUGGCAUUCCUUGCGCGGAAUGUCCUGCAGGCUCCACUUGGACCGGAAGUGUUUGCGAGGAUUGCGCCGGCUGGCGUCAAGCUUUAUGGGUCUUGGCAGUGCUUGCCAUUUUCGGAUUCUUGACAUUGGCCUACUAUCUCGCUACUUCUAAGGUCACGGCAAAGGCCACAGUGCUUUUUGCCACGACUGCAUCAUUUGGCAUGCUCGUGAUGGCAAUGCAAAACCUGGGUCUCGUUGGCAUGAUGACCGUUGAGUGGCCAGUAAGCCUUCAGGGGUUGUUCAGCAUUUGCCAGUUCCUUCUCCUUGACAUCGACAGCUACGGGUUUUCCUGCAUUGCCGGGCAGUCAGAACCCGUCCGCUACUUGUUGAGCGCCUUGAUCUUCCCCCUUGGUGUCGCAUGGCUAGCGCUGUGCUUUGGUGUGUCAAAACUCUUCCCAAAGAAGCGUCAAUGGGAAGGACCCAAAGUGUGCUCGACCAUGGGAGCCUUCCUGCAAGUAGGCUUCAGCACCAUGAGCGCAACAUCGUUAGCCCCGAUGAUGUGUUACCAGCAUCCCAACGGCCAGAGAAGCAUCAUGAAGUAUCCCGGCGUCAUUUGUGGGUCCUCGGAGCACGAUGUGAUGUUGGUGAUCGCCUGGAUAUUGCUGAUGGUGUUUGUCUUCGGCUUCGUGUCGUUGUGCGCAUUUGCUGCCUAUAUGGUGCCUCGUUGGAGCGCCAAGCGCCAGGACCACUUUGUCGCCUGUGCGCGCUUCCUGGUGUUCCGCUUCCGCCUGGACUCCUGGUGGUUCGGUGUGCCAUUGCUGGUCCGGGGGCCAUUGAUCAACCUCCCAGUGGUCAUGGCCACAGACUUCCCACCAAUCCAGGUUGUCGUCAUUGCAAUGGUUUUGACGACUGGCAUGGCGCCUUGGACGCAUGGAGGUUUUCAGAAACAUCAGAUCCAGUAG